AUGGCCAUCCCAAUAGAGACAUGGUACUACGAUGUGCCAAUCGUCACUCGCCUCUUCGCCACCGGUGCCGCCUUGGUCGCCCUUGCAGUGCAAACGGGAUUCACCAAUGCGUUCCAGCUCUACUUCAACUACCAACUGGUCAUUUAUCAACACCAAUACUGGAGACCGAUCACGACAUUCUUGUAUUUUGGGCCCCUUGGGCUGGAUUUCGUCUUCCACAUGUUCUUCCUAGUGCGAUACAGUAGGAUGCUGGAAGAAGGAUCUUUUUACGGACGCACAAUGGACUAUGCCUGGAUGCUCUUCCUCUCUGCCAUUUCUCUAUUGUGUCUGUCGCCAUUUGUGGCAAUGCCUUUUCUUGGAUCUCCUUUGGCAUUCACGUUGGUAUACAUCUGGUCCCGGCGCAACCCCUCAAUCCCACUAAACUUUCUCGGCUUGUUUGUGUUCACGGCGCCUUAUCUGCCCUGGGUGCUUCUUGGAUUCACGCUCCUGUUGAACAGCCACUUUCCAACGGGUGAUCUGAUGGGAAUCGCCGUUGGACACAUCUACUACUUUUUCGAGGACGUUUGGCCCAAGGAGCAGGCUUCGGGAGGCAGACGAUACCUUCAAACACCAUCCUUCCUGACGCGCCAACGUGGAGUGAACAUCUCUGCAGAACUUCAGGAUGAAGCGUUGCCGGAACAAGCAAAUGCAGAGCAGAGUGGACACUAUCCAGAGAGCGAGCAGUCAGAAACAACCGCACCCACAACUACCCUCCCAUCUGCGUCAGGAUCGCCAUCAUCAGCAGGAGGAACUGGCUCAGGAACACCUGCGACAACGACGGCUUUGGAGAGUGGACCACGCGUCGAGACUCGUAACCGACCCAAUGCCUCGGCACACGACCAAGUGGAUCCUCUUUCUUAG